UUCAAGGAUCCCGCGCUUAUUCGAAGCCAAGCAAACUACAAAACUUCCCCAAAUCAGUCCAAUUAGCAGCGUACAGUAGCUUCAAUGUCGGAUCCAAUCAUCCUAUCCGAUGAAGAAGACCCAAAUACCCCACUGCCAUCCAUCUCAAAGAAGCCUAGAAUGGAACCGGACCGUCUUUUCCCUCCAGUUCUGGUCCUCGACGAUGACCCUACCCCUGAAAAAACCUCGUUGGGCCCCGCCUUCACCUCCUGUUCCACUCCUUCUAUCGUGGCCGAGACUCCGAUGUCCGAGCCUUCGGUCGUCAGGGUCUCCAAUGCUGGCCCUUCCGUUAGGGUUUUGGAUCCUCCACUUGAAGAUCGCAAGCUCUCUGGAAUAAACAGAUUGAUAUGUUUGGAAUCUGAUAAUGAGUCUGAAAGCGGUUCUAGAGGGGACAAUGAACAGGAGAAGGGAUUGAAGGGUUCUGACAUUGAUGAGUCCCAGGAGUUAGAAUGGCCUUCUAGAUUUGUUGAUUAUGAAUCUCAUCUAGGGAGCCCUAAUCUAAUCCAAAUGUGCAAGGAAAGUUCUACUCAGCCAAUUUAUAGGCCAGAUGAUGUUGAUCUGCUACUUCCUCUUGAGGUAAAUGAUAAUCUAGACAAAGAAAAUUGUAGCAUGGAGCAGAUGGAUAAUGCACAAAAUCAGAAAAGAAAAACGAAAGCCAAUUCUGAUAAGAAAAGUAAUACUCAUGGAGCAGCUGUAAAAAAGAAGAUGACAAAGGAGGAGCGAAUUCAUAUGUUGGAAGAAAAGAAGCUAAAGAAAGAGCAAGAGAAGUUGCAAAAAGCAGCUCUGAAAGCUGAAGCUGCAGAAUUAAAAAAAUUGCAGAAAGAAAGGCAGAAAUGGGAAAAAGGAAAGUUUGCACUAAAAUCUAUUGUAGCUGAAAUUGACACUAAGGUGGUUGAACUGGGAUCAAUAGGUGGACAUUUAAUUUCAAGGUUUGCUGAUAAAGGCCUUACGUAUCGCAUAACAUCAAAUCCAAUUGAAAAAUCAAUUGUAUGGACCAUGACAGUUCCCGAACACAUUUCACAGCUUUCUCCCGAAGGACUAGAGGUUCAAUAUGUAUUAGUUGUAUAUGAGGCUGCAGAGUUUUGUGAUCUAGUAACUAAUGACACACUCCUCGAUCACGUUUCUAGGGUCCGAAGUAAAUACCCAUCUUAUACAGUCUGCUAUCUGACAAAUAAACUAAUGGCAUACAUUAAUAAAAGGGAAAAUGAACAAUACAAGAACCCUGCAAAUGAUAGUGGUUGGAGACGUCCACCGGUUGAAGAGGUGCUAGCAAAACUGACCACUUAUUAUACUAGGAUACACUCUAGGCAAUGUGCAGAUGAAGCUGAAGUGGCUGAACACAUUGUUGGUUUGACAUGCAGUCUGGCCUCUUGUCAAUUUAGAAAGAAGUUAACAAGACUCUCUGUAAGUGCUAAUGGAGCCCUUAUUUCUAAGGACUUUGUUGACAAGAAUUUAAUAAAAGGGAACCUGUGGUUAAAAGCUUUGCUAGCUAUCCCAAAGGUCCAGCCACGAUUUGCUCUUGCCAUAUUGAGAAAGUACCCUACCAUGAAAUCUCUUUUGCGUGUUUACAUGGACCCUACUAAAUCAGUGCAUGAAAAGGAAUUUCUGCUCAAGGACUUGGUGAUAGAAGGAUUACUAGGUAAUGACAGAAGGUUAGGCGAGGUUUGUUCGAAGAGAGUGUAUAGAAUACUCAUGGCUCAGAGCGGAAGUAUCAAAACUGAUGAUGUUGAGGAUGGUGCCGAUUUCUUCAGACAGUAAUAAUAGUAAACUUCUCAAACUCAGUGUAUAUUUUCUUAUAGGCAAAAAUAGACAAACAUGCUUGCUUCAUUCUUCUUUCUUUCUCUCUUUCUUCCCUUUUGCUUGAGUGGCAUUUAGAGGGAGAAAAAUGUGUUAUGUCACAUCUUUGCUAAAUAUUAAUCGCAAAAUUGUUGAAAUAAUGCUAGUUGAGGAAUCCUUGCUGGAAUACUCUUUAAAAGGGUGGGGGGCAAGUAGCAAUUAUUUCAUGGUAUAUUAAUUUAAAUUUGGAGUUUUGGACGUAGUUUGGCCCCGCCGCCCACAAGUGAUGGUUAUGGUUAUGGUGGGAAUGUGCCACUUACCAAAUCCCACCAAUUCUUUGUUGCAAAAAAAAAAAAAAAAAAUUGUCGAGUUCUUAGUCUCCACUCCCCACCACUCUCCAAGAAGUUAGUGGUGGCCGGGCCUAUCUUAUCUUUGUUUAACAGUUUUUUCCACUUGAUACUCUCUCCAUCCUAUUACAAUAAUAAGCAUAUAGGAAAUUUGAAAACAGAUUCACAAUUUUUUUUUGGGUGCAAAUUUCAUGUUUAAUAUUUAUCCACAGGAUCAAUGCUAGAAUUACACAUGUUCAAAUAAAACUUCACUUCAUAUUAGGGCAGCUACAAAAAAAAAAAGUACUAAUGUAUAUUUUUUAAUUUUAUAAUUUUAAUCUUCCU